AUAAUAAUAACAAUAAUAUUACCAUUAUAAUAAUAAUAAAAAAAGAGAAUAAAAUUUUAAAAAAUAAAAAAUAAAUUGUAAAAUUUGGAAAAAAAAUAUUUUAUUAUGAAUGAAAUUUAUAAAAUAGUGUAUACUAAAUGAUAGUUAUAAAGAAAAUAUAUACUAUAAUAAUGGUGACAGUGACAAUGACGAGACUAUAAAAUAACAGCUAUCAAGACGACAACAAUGAUAAUGAUGACGACGAAGAGAACGACAAAAACAAAACUAUCGAAUGCGACAAAUGUAUGACGUAAAAAAAAUAUUUGACAAGAAAAAAGAAAAAUAUUUAUCAAAGAGAACGGCGAAGGGAGAGAAAGGCUGGGGCAUGGUGCAUAACGAGAGUUGAAGAGGAAAUCCUAUAUAAAACUAAUUAAAUUGAAAUACUUUAAUUGAAAACGAAAAUCAAAAUUUUAACGAAUUACUCAAAUCAAAAAAAAAAAAAGAGAUUUAUGAAAAUUUAUACCCCAUAUGUGUAAAAAUGGCAUUUCAUUCAAAUGGAGGCGCUUAUUCUGGUGAUGAGCGUGAAUCUAGAAGCGGUGGUGAAGAAAGACCUGAUAGUGAUUUAAGUGAUAAACCAGUUUAUUUAUUGGAACAUUUAGCAACAUUUACAGUUAAUAAAGAAACCGGUAUUGUUUAUCCGUCAGAUGGGAUGAGAAGACUUUUACAAUUAGAAAAAACUACUGGAAUAUGGUCACAGAAAAUGCAAUUAUGUUUAGAUAAUCAUUGGGUUCUUAUUAUGGAUUAUGAAACUGGAAAUGUAAUUGAAAGAUUUCCAGCAUCUCUAAUACAGGAUCCAACAGCAUUUACAAGCAACAGCCCAAUGGAAAUUUAUAAUAAUAUUUUAGUAUUUAUUGUUGCGGGAGGUUCCGGUUCAAGAUCAGAAAUGCAUAUUUUCCAAUGUCAAAGUAUAUCAGCUAUACAUUUAGUUGAAGAUUUAAAACAAUUACGUAAUGGUAAAAUAGUAACACAAUUACGAGAAACAACUAUACCGCCAACAGCAUCAUCUAGUGGUAGCAACAAUCAAGCUAUUAUUAAAACUAAUCCUCACCAUCGUAAUGAAUAUAAUCGAGAUAAUGCUAUAGGUGGUAGUAGUGGUGGUGUUGGUGGUGGUAUAUUUAAUCAUAAUGAAACUGAUUCUGAAUUGGGAAUAUUGAAUGAUGAAACAAGUUCAACAUCAAGCGAUAAAUAUGAAAGAGAUGUUACUGUAUUAAAUCAUUGUUUUGAUGAUAUUGAAAAAUUUAUAGCACGUUUACAGCAUGCGGCUGCAGCAUCAAGAGAAUUAGAAAGACGACGUCGCAAUCGUAAAUCAAAAAAGAAAGAUCCUGGUGAAGGUUUAUUGACAUUGAGAACACGUCCACCACAUGAAAAAGAAUUUAUCGAUAUAUUUGCAAAAUUUAAAUUAUCAUUAAAUUUAUUAGCAAAAUUAAAAGCACAUAUACAUGAUCCAAAUGCACCAGAAUUAAUACACUUUUUGUUUACACCGCUAGCAUUAAUUGUUGAAGCAUCAAGUGAUACAUAUUAUGAAUCACAUUUACCUGCUCAUGUUAUUAAUCCGUUAUUAACUCGUGAUGCUAUUAAUUUAUUGAAUAAUUGUGUUACAAGUAAAGAAACUGAAUUAUGGAGAUCAUUAGGUGAUGCAUGGUUAAUACCAAAAGAUCAAUGGAAAGGACAUAUUGGUAAUUAUCAUCCAGUAUUUUUUGAUGGCUUUUCACCAGAUUAUCCAGUUGUUGAUGAUUUAGAACAACCACCAUCAACACCAAAUUUAAAUACAAAACGUCAACAUAUUGUUGAUACAACACAUUUUAUAGCAAGACAAAAUCAGCAACAACAACAACAACAUCAUGGUAAUAGUCAAUUACAUCAAGUACAAAAUAAAAAUGGUUAUGAUUUAGAUAGAGCAACACAAUUAAAUCAACCACAACCACAACAUCAUCAUCAUCACCAUCAUCACCAUCACAAUGAAAGUGCAUCUAAUGUUGGUGAACGUUCAGGAUUCCGUGAUUAUAGUGCGCGUAGUGAUAUUUCAAUAGAUUCAAUUGAGAGGAAUGGAAUUCAAUUGAAUUCUCAACCAGGUUCAGCUGCAGCAAUACAUUCAUUGGUUGGUGGUAUACAAAAUAUGGGUACAAACAGUAAUAACAAUAAUAAUAGCAAUAACAACAAUAAUAAUAAUAUUGGUGGUCCAUCAAAUAGUGGAAUUAUAUCAGAAUAUCAACAUACUGAAGUUGAAUUAUGGUUAGAAAAAUUGCAAUCACGUGGUGCCAAAGUUGUUCAAGUGACAUAUCCAAGAACAGCAAAUAAUGAUAAAGAAUUAACUGUUAUUAGAGGUGAAUUUUUAGAGAUACUAGAUGAUACUCGAAAAUGGUGGAAAGCUAGAAAUAUUCGGGGACAAACAGCUCAUGUGCCACAUACUAUUGUAACUUCGUAUAAUUUUGAAAGAGAUAAUGAUAUAUUUAAUAAUUCAGGCUACGCUCAAAAUUUUACUAAAAGUAGAAUGAAUGAACCGGAAACAUCACAACAGAACUCAGCCGAAUGGAUACGAAACAAACAUAUUGUUGAUAAUGAAAUUGGGAAAGAGAAUUAUAGUGACAAUUAUAGUAACUACAGUAGAUAUAACAGCAAUGAUCGUAAUUCACCGCCUCCUCCCCCGCCACCACCACCAAAUGCUUCUAAACAAAAUAAUGAAUCCGAAAUUAUGACUAUUGGUGGUGCAUUACAAAAUGAAAAGAAUAAUAAUAAUAAAAAUAAUGAAAAUAUUAACAAUAAAUCUUCAUCGCCUGAUGUACAAAAGGAAUUGAAACAUGUUUUAACAUUAUUUCGUGAGAAACGUCGUAAUUUAGAAAUUAUAAGAACACCUGAAAUUUAUAUACAACAAAAUUCGAGUCCAUCAGAAGUUCAAAAUUGGUUAAAAGCUAAAGGUUUUUCAAAAGCUAUUUGUAAUAAUUUGAAAGGUUUAAACGGUAAUGAUUUAUUUGCAUUAAAACGUCAUCAUUUAGAAGAUAUUUGUGGAUCAUCAGAAGGUAAACGUCUUGCAUCACAAAUAACAAUUCAAAGGAAUUGUUGUGAGUAUAAAACUGCAAGAUCAUCUGAAUUACAAGCAAUUUUAGCAAAAGCUAGAGAAAAAAGUGAACAAACUUCUUAUAACUCUGUAGCUCAGAAUUAAAACAAAAACAAAAUUGAAGGUGAAAAGUGAGGGUUCCGGUAUAAUAUAUUUGAAACUUUUAUAUUUUGAAAAAAAAAUUUUAAAAUAAAUAUUAUAUUUAUAAUAAAAAUUUUAUUAAAAUUUCUUAAAAUUUAUCUUGUGUAAUGUAAUAUUUUUAUAAAAUCUAGAAACCAAAGUAAUAUAACAAAAUUAAUAUUAAUAUAAAUUAAAACAAAAUUUUAAUAAUUGUACCAAAGUUUAUAUUUUAUGUAAUAAAUAAA